UAGCCUAAAAGCAUCAAGUUCUCCAUCCAUACUCACACACAGCAAGACCUAUUUGAUUAUUUGUAAUUUGUUUUUUCCAACAUAUAUCAAUGGCAACCCCCAUAUCUUACCUCGAUAUUAAGCCAGUGAAUUUCAUUACUGUUCUUAGCAUUGAUGGUGGAGGCGUCAGAGGAAUCAUUCCUGGUGUUAUUCUUGCUUACCUUGAAUCUCAACUUCAGGAAAUAGACGGUGAGGAUGCAAGGAUUGCAGAUUAUUUUGAUGUAAUUGCUGGGACAAGUACAGGUGGUCUUAUUACUACCAUGUUAGCAGCUCCAAAUCCAAAGGAUAACCGUCCUUUAUUUGCUGCUAAGGAAAUUGUCCCAUUUUACCUUCAAAACUUGCCAUCUAUUUUUCCACAAAAAAGUGGAAUAUUUGCACCGCUGAUAAACAUAACAAAAGCAUUGACAGGAGCUAAGUACAAUGGAGAGUAUCUUCAUAAGCUGAUAAGAAAUAUGACAAAAGAUACACUUUUGAGCCAAACUUUGACAAACAUUGUUAUUCCAUCUUUUGAUGUUCAGAAUCUUCAACCUACCAUUUUUUCCUCCUAUCAGAUUGAUGCUGAGCCAACUUUAGAUGUACCACUAGCAGAUAUUUGCAUCGCUACAUCGGCUGCACCAACUUAUUUGCCCGCUCACUAUUUCGCGAAAAAAGAUGAAAAUGGGAAAGUCAUCAAGGAAUACAAUCUCAUCGAUGGUGGCGUGUGCGCUAACAAUCCGACAAUGGUUGCAAUAAGAGAGGUGACAAAAAAUAUGAUAAGGCUUGGGAGAAGUGGGAAUGGUAUAGGGUAUGAUCGUUUUAUAGUGAUCUCAAUAGGGACAGGAUCAAACAAGAGUGAGCAAAAGUACAAUGCUAAGAUGGUUGCUAAAUGGGGUGCUUUGACAUGGUUAUUCAACUCUGGUUCAACACCAAUUAUAGAUUGUUUCAAUGAAGCUAGCACUGAUAUGGUUGAUUACCAUAACUCAGUUCUUUUUACUGCCCUUCAGUCUCAAGACAACUACCUCAGAAUUCAAGACGAUACAUUACAAGGGGAAUUAGCUUCUGUUGAUGUAUCUACUAAAAAUAAUUUGAAUAAUCUAGUAAAAGUGGGUGAGAAUUUAUUGAAGAAAAAAUUUACAAGAGUGAAUCUAGAUACUGGCAUAUAUGAAACUGUUCCAGAUAAGGGCACCAUUGAGGAAGAACUCAAAAGGUUUGCUAGGUUACUCUCGGAGAUAGCAAAAGAGAAAAAGUCCAAGCUACAAAAUGGAAAGUAAAUUAAAUGAUCACCAGAUUGAAUAUGUCAUAUCCAUUGUUGAGUCUCUAUCUCUUUAGUAGUUAUUAGUUUGCUUAAUUAAUAAUAAGUUUUGUGUACGAUAAUGAUGCAAGUGUGUAUUGUGUAAUGAAAUAAAUAUUGUUGUUGAUUUUCAAAGUUAAGAAUUAUAAAUAUUUCAUUUUGUAAUGUUUA